CGUUCGGUGCACCGGUAGGUACCGUAGCAUGGUGUCAACAAAAGUGGAAUCGAACGAGAUUCAAGAAAACGAUAGAAGAUACCAUCCGAGACGGCGAUGAUACUGUACAAAGGACUCUUUUUAGGAAUACGAUGAAACCCAAUUUCGAUGGCAAUCCGAAACACACUGCCCUCGAGACAGGUCACGUCGUGUCGCAUUGCGUACACGGCCGCGAAUACUGCCCCAUUUGCUGCUUUGAUUUUCGGGAAAUGAACGCCGAGUCGCGGAUGCAGUCCGAGGUCGAUCUCUCGAAGCGGCAGGCCAAGAGGGACCAGAAGCGAGUCCGGGACGGGCCCUGUGCUGUGGAAGGAUGCAAAAAUACCGGUUCGAGGCUGUGCGGUAGGUGCCGAAACGUUGGAUACUGCUCGGUCGAGUGCCAGCGAAGGGACUGGAAGGAUCGCCACAAGAAGAAGUGCAAGAAGAGCCUCCCCUCCUUUGUGGACUCAACGGGCAAAAAGAUAGCCACGUAUCCCAUCGGAACCACAAUCGAUAUCGUUGGGAGUACCCAGGAGCUCAGGGCAAAAAUCCGAAAGUUUCAUCCGCCGGGAACGGCCGAGGGCUCCGAUUCCCUGUUUUCCGACAUGGCGAUGUACUCGAUUCAGGUUGUUGGUGGCAGCAAUGAUGCGUUUCUCGAAUUAUGCGAAGAUGUACACAACAAGGAAUGUUGGAGAAAAGUUGUUGACUAAUCGAUGACGAAACACUCAAUCGAUCAAAUGACCGAACCGUCCAAUUGAAAGCGAGAGCGCGAUGAAAGCGAACAAGUAGUAAAGUAGAAGUAUCUUUUUUGGCAACUAUUUAUAAAGCCGGCACAGUCGUCAGUCGGCAUGUCUCCUAAAACAAACUUCUUGCUUAUUGGUUACUCGGUGAUCAAUGUUCUCGUAGCUUUUGAUACGAGCUAGGUGCUUUGGAAUCACAACCACCAUCCAAAUCCGGAACACGUUUCAGCGCUUUCGACGCACAGGGGAGGAAGCAUUGCUGCUUCUUUUGUUGCUACCGGGGCUCAAAGCCUGUCCUUUUCGGCGACGACGACGACGAAGACAACACAGGUGGAGACUUUUCCAUCCCUUUGUUUCCAACAAAUUAUUUGCUUCCGCAUAUUGAACACAGGAUUCGUAGUCGUCUAUUGCGAAUUUUCUGAGUGGUUCCCAUGAGCGCUCUCCGUUUUUCCAUUGGACCAAAAUCUCCCACAUCGAGUAUCGCCCUCGAUGCCAAAAGGGACCCCUGUGGUUUACUAUCCCGCAGUGCUCGUAAAACAAUUUUGUGGCCGGUUCGAAUGUGUCGUAGGCUUCCAGGAUUCGAAACGCAGAACCACGACGGGGAUCGGUCUCGUUGCGCGAUCGAUAAAGAGCGUCGAGAAUGGUUUGAUUGUCCGGGUUCAUAGCAGGAUUGGCAAGCUCUGUGGCCAGGUGUUCCAAGGAUAGUAGGGGUCCGACUGCUUCGCCCGAUCCGUGCUCCAAAAACGGUGUUUUGCCCGCGUACAUGGUCCACCGCGAACGACCACCGUACCCCCGGAGCUUCCCCUUGCUCUCUAGAGUGGCGAAUCUUCCAUCGUCGAUCACGGAGGCUGCAAGCCCGGCAUUCAAUUUCAGUUUCGGUUGUAUUGUUUCUGUUUGUUUCCGAGAGCAGCCGGUUCUGGUGCUGAUAUCACCGACGAGAAAUUCUGUGCAUGCUCGACACAUGAAAAGUCCUAGCUUAUUGGGUACAACUGUCUUCGUGCAGUUGCACUGUUCGCAGCGCUUCCCGAUUACCAAUCGUAAUAGUCUCAUCGGAGACGGGAUAUAAAUGCACUUCUUCUGAAUGAGAGACACAAUCAUGUCCAUGAUUUUGUGACCCCGAUCGGUGCUCAUGCAAGAGCACACGACUUGGUGGUACUGGAUGCUCUGGCGAAAAGCUUUGGAGACACCUGCAACGCCAAAUAGCAGGGAUUCUGUGUCCAGAUACUCUAGCACCUUGCUCAGAACAUCUUUGUUUUGAGUCGCAAAGGACAGUGUUGAGGAUGAUUUUGCAUCUUCCAUACGACUCAUAUUUUUCUCGUGCUGAAAUCUUAGUUGCAGCCUCUCUCUGGUGCGACUUUCAGUUGCGUAGUUCGAACUAGGUUCUUCGACAUAACCAUUCUGAUUGUUAGGUGCUUUCGCUUUAUUCAUUUUGAUAUUCAAAACUUCUGGAUCAGAACGACGGCAUCGUUUUCGACCUCCAUAGCUCGGAGCAAUAGCUUCAUUUUCUUCGCAGUUUUGACAUUGCGCCUUCGUUAACGUACUCAAGGGCUGGAGCAAUUUCGUGACACCAACGGCGAUGGUCAUAGCUCGGUUUUAUUUUGUUUUGUGUACUUUGCGGUGCACCAACAACUGAUGUGAAGAUCCAAUUUGGCUUUCAGUCUUCAAUGCAUUUGUGUCUCCCUUCUAUCUGAUUUGGAAGAUUAAUUCUUGUAGUUCAUUGACAGACCGAUACCACCAUUCACGGGAAUAUAUGCCAAUGGUUUCUGGUACAGCAUAUCGAAACCCAUUUUCUUGCUUGCAUGCAGGAAGGCAGGCAGCACCUGCUUGUGAUUCCCUUUGCGGCUUUGGUAUUUUUCCGUCGCCGCAGAGCUUUGCAUUCAGACGGGAACGAAAAUCUGCAAUGGCGAGAUACUGUAAACCGGGUUCAGUACUUUGAAUCGUGGAAGGUACUAUGGGCUGAUCGGGAAACGAGAUUCACCGUGCAAAUUUUGUGUGUCAUUCCCCGUAAACCAUUAGCUCGGUCGCGUUGUAUUUUAAGACUAUUGCAUCGUUAUGGCAGAAUGAUUGGUCGAAAGUUUUACUUACUUCUCUAAUCCGAACCAUAAAUGGUAGUGAUCACCCACGCUAUAAUGAUUACUCUCGUUAAUUGUGUUGCUACUCCACACGGCCUGCCAUUCUUCGUGUUCUUCUUGCGAGACUAUCUUCGCAUGUUCUUACCGUGGACAGGUCAACCAGCGUGGAUCAUUUACAGAAAAGUCUUGGAGAGAAGUUUGGUACCGCAUAGCCUGGUUUGGACGACGCCAUUCCGUUGAAAUAUCCGUUCGAUAGGGUCGACACGCUACGCCACGCAAUUUCGAUUGAAUUUGUGGAUGUAUUUGUUGGAUACAAAAAAAAUUAAUCGAACGCGAUUUUCAACGUAAUUCAUUGAAUCAGGAACAAGAUCCAUCACAGGGCCCUCCGGAACCAACGCGCGCGCGUCCCCCCUUUGAAAUCAAAUAUCGGGGGUAUGAUUUCGUGGGUUUUUUUUCCCAAACAAUAACCCACGUUUCUAAAACGUGGGUUUUUUUUCCCAAACAAUAACCCACGUUUCUAAAACGUGGGUUGGGUUAACCCACAAAUAACCCACGAAUAACCCACGAAAUGACCCACGAAUAACCCACAAACCUGCUGGGCCUUUCUCCAAAUAUUAAAAAAAGUGAUUAAAUAACGUUAAUGACU